AUGUUGCUCACAUUGUCUAAUCCAGUCAAAUCGGACUUUGAGUUCAAACCUCAUGCCUACUCACCAGCCCUUUCAUCUUCUACGGUUGCUCGCUACUCACCCAAGCUCGAAAGUCGGCCUUCUCUCGCUCAAACAGCCGUCUCGUCCUACAGGAUGGGUACACCACAUCGAGGCCUCCCUCCACCCUCGGCGAUGACGCUGCCUGAACCGGGACGAGGGCCUCCAUUAUCUUCAGGUUUAGGCCAAUUACCUCCGGCACCUUCGCAAUGGCAGGGCGCAGAAGAUGGAAUGAAAAACUGGCUGGCGGCAAAGGCUGAAGAGGAACGACGCAAGCAAGAAGAGGAGAGAACGAGGCAGGAGUCUUUGAGGCUUGAGCAGCGCAAAGUUGAACAGGCCAUGUUGCGAGAAUCAAUGCAAGGCGGCAUACCACCACAUCUCGUCCCCAUCAUUUUUGCUGGUAUUGGAGGUGGAAAUCUCGCAAACAUGAGCGCCGAGUGGAUCCAACAGUACACGGCUCAAGUCCAAGCUGCACAGCAACAGACUCAGAUCCAAGCGCAAACGCAGCAUUCACCGGAUCUGAGGAGAGAUCCCCGGACAGUCAGUCAACAACAAGCAGCCAUCUACGCCGGGCAAUCUCAAACGCCGCAAACGAUACUUGCCCCGACUGCAGUUCUAUCCGGGCAGCCCUUGUCUGCACAAUCUCAACACACCUCACCAGGAUAUAGCGAUUCUAGAGCCUCGCAAUCGACAAGCUUCGGGGGCCAACCCACAUCUGUGCUUCGACAUCCUCCUCAGUCGCAACUCCCUCGAUUGACGACAAACGAGAUGAAUAUUCAGCAACCACCAGCUGCACCGUCAGGGGUCCAACAGUUGCAACAAACCCAGAAUGCUCAACAAGAGCAGUCAUCACCAUCGAUAUACUUUCAUCAUUGGGUACCACCAACGGCGUCAUCACAGCAGGAAAAGAGUGGGAGCGGCCAUCCUCCAACGCCAUCAGGUAAAUACAAAACUUCGCCUACCUACCAGUCCCGUCAACGUGCGACAUCUCACGCGUCUGACUUAGAGUACGCCAGCUCCCCCAAAAAGCGGAAGGCCCAAGGCCCACACCAACCGGCUCCACCGCCCACCUCUGCGGCACAGUACACAUCACCAUCCUUCUCGCACAUAUCGUCGUCAUCGGCAUCGACGCCAGGACGACGGGGACAUGCAAGAGGUCGUUCGGACGCAUCUCAACGAGGACCAGAGAGUGCUGGCGGUUCUCUAAGUCGUCGCAGCACGGUUUCUGGACUUGUGCAUGAGACGCUGCCGCGGCAAGAAAAGCAUGCCGAAGAAUCAAGAGCACCUGAGGGCAAGGCGCGGGCCGACGUGGAUCAAACAUAUGCAACCUCACCUCGUGGGCUUGAUGAGCGAAGCCAAGGACUACAAAACUACGCGCCGACAUCAACAGGUAAACCUGAAACAUCAGGAUACGGGUCACAUCAGCAUUGGGAUCGAGGCCAAAUGUCAUCUCCCAAACGGGAAGUUGGGGACCGUUAA